CUCUUGACCCUCGAGCAGUUACAAAGAACGCCUUCUCGUGAAGAUGGAAUUUCAGAAGAACAGGAGGAUCACAUGAGGCAAUAUGGUUGUCAUCUCAUCCAAACGGCUGGCAUACUUUUGAAGUUACCGCAAGUAGCAAUGGCAACGGCACAAAUUCUUUUUCAGCGAUUCUUCUAUCAGGCAUCGUUACGUAAAUUUGCCAUUCGAGAUAUUAGUAUGGGUUCUGUAUUUUUGGCAUCAAAAGUCGAAGAAUGUCCUGUACGAAUGACGGAUCUAGUCAAUGUUUUUGAUCAUUUACAUAAAGUCUUUCGACGUCGUCCAAGGCCCAUUGAUCCAUUGGUUCUCUUUGGACAGGAAUUUUAUGAUCUCAAGAACGCGGUCGUGAUUGCAGAGAUGCAGAUUUUGAAGAAGUUAGGGUUCAAUGUCCAUGUUCAGCUUCCAUAUGCCAUCAUGGUCAAUUAUCUCAAGGUCCUUGAGCUUACUGAGCAUCCUACAAUCCCACAGCGAGCUUGGGGGUUCUUGAACGAUGGGUUAAGGACAAGUGUUUACAUUUGCUAUCAGCCGCCAGUUAUCGCUUGUAGUGUGAUAUGGCUGGCUGCACGAGAGGCAGGUGUACCAUUACCGACAAAUCCGGCUUGGUGGGAAGUAUUAGACUCGGACUUGGAGGAUAUUGAAAACAUCGCUGGACAUAUUAAGUCGCUCUAU